AUGGUGCCGCCCAGCCAGGGGGCCCUGCUCCUCCCGCUCCUCCUGCUCCUGGCCUCAGGCGAGAAAGAUUUCACAAACAAGUCCGAACACACAGCCAAGUCUGAGCAGCCGAGGGAUGUCUGCAUGGGGGUCAUCAAUAAGGACCUUUACGAACCCUUCUAUCUGAAUGACACCGCAAAGUGCUUCAAUGAGUGUGCACAGUCCGGGAACUCCUGUCACCUGGGAAACCUGCAGAGAUACUGGCUGGACUAUGAGACCUACCUGGUGGAGGGGCGUCUGAGGGAGACGGUGGACCUGCCUUUUCUGAAGGCCGUUGUCAAGAACGUCAGCACCAGCAUCGCGGGAGACCUGCACUUCUCUCUGAGCCCCUCCCAGAUCCCGGAGCUGGUGAUGAAGGACGAGCACAAGUUCCCCGACAGAGUGCGGCUGCCCAGGAGCCUGCUCACCUCCCUGCAGGGCAGCCGGCCGCUGGUCCCCUUGGCCGUCUCUGUGCUGGACAUCGGCCCCGGGAACCUCUUCAAGGGCCCCCAGCUCAGCCUGGAGGACGGGGGCAGCGUGCUGAACAACCGCCUGGUGGGCCUGAGCUUGGGCCGGAUGCGCGUCACGGCGCUGCAGGAGCCCGUGGAGAUCACCUUCUCGCACCCGCGCCAGCCUCCGAACAUGACCCUCACCUGUGUGUUCUGGGAUGUGACUAAAGGGCCAACAGGAGACUGGUCUUCCGAGGGCUGCUCCACGGAGCACGGAGCCCAGGCGACGGUCUGCCGCUGCGACCACCUGACCUUCUUCGCCCUGCUGCUGAGGCCGGUCUUAAACAAGGCCGCCGUGCAGGCCCUCACGCGGAUCUCCCAGGUGGGCUGUGGCGCCUCCAUGGUUUUCCUGGCCUUCACCAUCGUCUUCUACGUGGCCCUGAGGCUCUCCUGGAAGAGGUUCAAGUCCGAGGACGCCCCCAAGAUCCACGUGGCCCUGAGCGUCAGCCUGUUUCUCCUGAACCUCACCUUCUUCGUCGACGUGGGGCAGGGCCCCGGGGGAUCCCACGCCGCCUGCGCGGUCCGGGGCGCCGUCUUCCACUACUUCCUGCUCUGCGUCUUCACCUGGAUGGUCCUGGAGUCCUUCCACCUCUACCUGCUCGUCGUCAGGGUCUUCAACACCUACUUCGGGCACUACUUCCUGAAGCUGAGCCUCGUGGGCUGGGGCCUGCCGGUCCUGAUGGUCAUCGGCACCGGCAGUGCCAACAGUUACGGCCUCUACACCAUCCGGGACGAGGAGAACAGGACCACGCUGGAGCUGUGCUGGUUCCGGAAGAGAGCAGCCCUCUACGCCACCGUCCACGGCUACUUCCUCGCCACCUUCCUCUUCAGCGCCGUGGUGCUGGGCCUGCUGGCCUGGAAGAUCUUCACGCUGGCGAGUGCCACGGCCGGCAAGGAGCAGCGGCAGCACUGGAAGGGCGUCCUCACCCUGCUGGGCCUCUCCAGCCUGGUGGGCGUGACCUGGGGGCUGGCCGUCCUCACGCCGCUGGGCCUGGCCUCCAUCUACAUCUUCGCGCUGUUCAACUCCUUCCAAGGAGUCUUCAUCUUCUGCUGGUUCAUCGUCCUCUACUUCCCCAGCCAGAGUACCGUGUCCUCCUCCUCAGGCACCGCCCGGGCUGAGCAGACACACACGGCGUCCUCGCAAUGA